AUGUCAGGAAAUCAGAAAGAUGGCAAGCUGACAACCCCCUCCUAUCGUCCCAUGCCUUCUAUCCCUUUGCCCAACGGUAGCACAGCUAACGGGAUGAGUGAUCCAACAACUUCCAGCAUCGGCAGCGCGACCAGUCCGAAACUCGAGCCACCUCCUUCGCCUCAUGCCAACCGCAAGAAACACAGACGGAAAAAGAGCACGGGCAUCACAAAGCCAGACGGCUUAUCUGCAGGCAAUGAAGAGCAAGAGGAUUCCUUUGAGUUCAUCAUCGUGUCGCUGACGGGUCAGACGUGGAACUUUGAAGCGUCCACGUACGAGGAGAGAGAGCUGUGGGUCCAAGCGAUCGAGAGCCAGAUCUUCGCCAGCCUGCAGUCGUGUGAGAGCAUAAAAAAUAAGUCUCGGUUAGGAAGCCAAAGUGAUGCGAUGGCCAUUCAGUCCAUACGUAACGUGAGGGGGAACAGCUUCUGUGUGGACUGUGACGCACCCAACCCAGACUGGGCCAGUUUGAACCUGGGCGCCCUGAUGUGCAUCGAGUGCUCGGGCAUCCACAGGAACCUGGGCACCCACCUGUCCCGUGUCCGCUCCCUGGACCUGGACGACUGGCCGGUGGAGCUCAGCAUGGUCAUGACCGCCAUCGGGAACGCGAUGGCCAACAGCGUGUGGGAGGGCGCCCUGGAAGGCUACAACAAGCCGGGGAGCGACAGCACCAG